UUGGAUUCGACUGAGAAUUUAUAACAAGAGCUUCCAGCAUAGAAUUUCACCCACACCUUUAAUUUCUUCCGAAUUAAUCUGAUAAUUUUCUAUUUGCUUAGCUUAAUUUUGUCUUCAGCCAUUAGACAAUGUCUUCGCCCAAGGAUGGUUCAGUUCAGCAGACAAAUUCCCCUGAAACCACCUCCGUUCAGAUUAUCCUUCAAAAGCUACAGGAUUUGCGUGGAAGACUCGUCGAGGUCACCAAGGCGAAGGUCGUUGAUUCUGCUCAAGACAAUAAAGGGGAGGAAGGCAAACCCGCCGAUGAAGAUGAACAGAAAAAAGAGAAAGAAAUGCACACUCAGCUUGAUAAAGCAUGCAAAGAGCUCCAUUAUAUGAUUAGAGAAUUUGAGAAACUGAAGAACUUUGAAGAUAAUCUCAGAAAACCGCUGACAACUCUUGAAGAAAAUGUGAAUGACAUCCUGAACGAUCUUAAAGUGCUGAGAUCCUCAGGUGGCACCUUAAAGCAAAUUGAACACAAUCUUAAAGUUCUGAGAAGCAACAUCACCAAAGUGAAAAUCCAGAUCCCAUUGCAGCAUCAAGCCUCAAACUUAAUUUCUGACGCAAGUCGGUAUUUGCAGGCGACAGUUGCCAGCAGAGAAGGCGGUGAUCUGCCUAAUCUAUACGAAGCUGCAAAAAAAAUUGAGAUAGAAGGCUCUUUUUACAAAGAGAUUCAAGACAAAUAUGACGGCCUUGAUACGAAGCUCAAGCUGUGCUUGUUGUGUCUCGCGAUCUUCCCGGACAACGCAGAAAUCAAGAAGAGCCUUCUAAGAUUUUGGUGGCUUGGAGAGAGGUUGAUAAAACAUCCAAACGCUCUAGAAGAAAAGGGGAAGAAGGAUCGUGUGAACGACGUUCUUGGAGUACUCAUCAAGGAGGGAUUCAUUGAGCCUAUCGAGAAAAAAAGCAGACUGCCUGCCACCCGUUAUAAGAUGCACCCAAUUGUUCGUUCUUUGUUGAUCAGGCUUGCCAAGGAGGCUAACUUCUUUGAUUACGACUCUAAAGGAAUCCCGACGAUGGAUAUUUCAGCGUGCAAAAAGUCAUGUUUGAUAAAAUCCGAAAGACUUUCUCAUUGGUUCUCUAAAAAUCCUUUCCCGAUGAAAGUGGAAAAGCAACAGGAAGAGGCGCAGAAAAUCAACUCAGAAACCCAACAAAAAACAGAUUCGAAAGGGCAGCAGAAUACAAAUUCAGAAAAUCAGCAACAAAAGUAUCAGGAACACCAACGGGAAGAAAAGCAGUUGCUAAGAAAUCUGGAAGAGCUGCAGACACUGUUCAACAUUAGUAAGCAAUUUCCUGAUUUGCCUGAGGAGAAGUUUUCCAAGAUGAAGGGCAUCAACGUUCUUUAUCUGGGAAGAUGGGAGAGCACAGCCGAGCGUCACAUGGAGGUGGAAAAGACUGAAUUCUUAAAAGGGUUGAAAAAUAUGAAGAAGUUGAGAUUUUUUAGUCUUCAAGGAAUCUCCGGAAUCUCGAAGCUCCCAAAAUCUCUUGGUAAGCUCAUCAAUUUGGGGUUCUUAGAUCUUAAAGCAUGCCACGGCCUGGAGGAACUACCAAAAGAGUUAGGCUCACUUAAGAAGCUGACUUACUUGGAUAUAUCUGAGUGCUAUUUGAUAGACAACAUGCCCAAGCAGCUUAGUUCACUCUUAGAACUCCAAGUGCUUAAGGGCUUUGUCAUUAGCAAAAAUAGACACUCAUGUACUCUUGGUAACUUGGCCACACUCUCUAAGUUGAAGAAACUCACCAUCAAUGUGAAUAGCGAUGAAUUCUCAAUAGAUAAAGCGGAAGAAGAUCUCUGUAGAUUUCAAGGGCUGCGGAAGCUUAGAAUAGCAUGGGGAGCCGGAGGGGAUGAAUCGCCAAAAUUGAUAAAUAAAACCAAAGACGAGAAGAAAGGCAAUGGAAACCAAGAAACCAAUGGAGACAAGAGUAAAGGCCACAAAGGGAAACAAAAUGAUGCAGCAAAACCAGGGCCUCGGAAGCUGAAAAUGCCAUGGGGAGCUUGCGGAGAGGGAUCGUCAAAAUCAGUUCCUGAAAAAAACCUGAACGACAACAAAGAUGCAGGAAAGCAAAACAUUGAAGGAGCUAUCAAGCUAGUGAAAUUGGACCUCCAAUGUUUCCCAAAACUGGAACCACCACGUUGGCUGGUGCCUGAAAAACUAGCAAGCCUAAAGAACCUCUACAUUAGAGGUGGAAGACUCAGUUACCUGGGUGAAUCGAAGGGUAGCGAGAAGUGGGAAGUUGAGACUCUAUGUCUGAAGUAUUUGACUGGCGUUCAGAUAAACUGGAAAGAUCUGCAGACUCAGUUUCCAAAGUUGACACAUUUCGAGAGAGUCAAUUGCCCCGGAAUCACAUUCUGCCCUUGCGAUGCAAACGGAGCAUGGCGAAAUCUUGAAAAAGGAAAAUAAAAAUAUUGGUGUUGGAAAAUCAAGAAUUUGCCAGAAGUGGCCCUGCAGGUUAUUAUCUCAUUCAUCGUUGCUGUUAAUUAAAGUGUGCUCUAUUUCGCUUAUGUACAUAAGUUCUUAAAUUCCUUUCAAUCUUCUGCUUGCAUUUGCAUUUCCUUCAAUCUACAAAUGUCAUUGCCCUGAUGCUUGUCGCAGUCAAUAAAAUGUUUCUUUCAAUUCACAAAUCUCUUCCUCAGUACUGUCCCUUAUAGGUUAUUAUC